AUGGUACUGGAAUGGCUGCAGCAACCCUUUAAGGAAGGCGAUCCGUGGUCCACCUAUGUCCCGAUAUGGACAUGGCUUCUGCAGCUCCUGAUCUUGGCCCCAGUCACUCUGACUGUCGUCGGGGGCCAAGGGCUAGCAGAUGUGUCGGCAAUAGCCAUGACUGGAGUAGACGGCAGUAGCCUCGCGACUCCAUUUGUGGUCAUCGGCGUCCUCAGCAUCGUCGUAUUCCUUCCAUUCACGCCCUUCAUCCAUCGAGCCACGCACCAUGUUCCUGUUCUGGCACUCCUCGUCUUUGUGGGCGCUUCAGUGUACAACUUUACCGCAUUCCCCUUCUCUACGAGCAACCGCUUCAAGUUCAUAUUCAAGCAGACAGUCGACCUCGACAAGGGCAGAAACGUGGUCACUCUAUCAGGCAUCGGAGAGUAUCUCUAUCAGGUAAUUGACUCCAUCCCGGAAGCAGGCAGGCAACUCGAGUCGACCAAGUGCCAACCGACGGUGGAGCGGCCCCUCACGGAUUGUCUAUAUGACGCAUCUCUGUACGCCCCUCAACUUGUGAGCGGUGUGGAUCUUGAGGAUAUGAUGACGGUGAAUAUGUCUAAGUCGACAAAUGGAACGACGGUACAUAUACACCUCGACGCCCUGGAAACGAGAGGUUGCUGGCUGGACCUCUCGCGACCAAUCUCAAGUUUUGCCAUUGAAGGCGAGGCAGAGCGAGAUCCGCGACUCGGUGAGAACCCACCCGACGGAUUAAUACAGCACAUCCAAGUUUGGCGACGAGGUUGGGCGGGGGCUUGGAAAGUAAGCUUGCAGCUUGCUGAAGAUGAGUCCUCAAGUGCGACAUGGGGCAUACGAGAGGGUGAGUCAGAUGAUGGCAUGUCUCCGGGCGAGCUGAGGCAACGGACGGAGUGCAAUAUGGAUUAUUUGGGUCGACCCUUGGAGGUGACUGUGAGAUGCGCUUGGGGAGACGCAAACCAGCCCGGGACGAUACCAGCGUUGCGUCGCGUCGAGCAGUAUAUGCCGCCAUGGGCUAUUGCCACCCGGAGGGGGUUUGGUCUUGUGGAAAUGCAGAGAACUUACAAGGCCGCGUGA